CCCUCUAGAGUCUAAAAAGUUCGACAGCAGUCCAGGGACUCCACAACGCGCGGAAAUUUCCACCCAACCAACUGGAACUUUCACCGGCGGCUCCUGCCCGGUUGGUGGUCGCUCGUAGUCCACCGUCCACGCUGGUCGCCGGCAGCCACUUUCUGCACGUAAGUUGGCUGCGGGCUACGGAAGGUCUACGGACGGACGAACGAGUGUUUCAGCGCAACGAGGCUGUUUGCCGACCACGAACACCAAAGACGGUUGUUGGAGCGGUUUCUAUCCACUUGAAAAAGAUAGUGGCAUUGUUCGGGCGUAGGCGUGUGACAAGUGGCAAGGUCGCCAAGCAUCUCAAGAGGUACAUCUCUCUCAAGAUGGGUGUGAAGGUGUCCAAGUACCCUGAUGCGCAAUGCUCCGCGCCUGGGUGUGGCGCGGCCUGCUGCGACUCCGGUGGACAUCGUGUUCGACAGCCGCACAAGUCACGCGUCUGCUCCGUCUGUGGUCGGUGGUACUGCGGGGAGCACAAGAAGGAGUAUCUGAGAAAGCGGCGCAAGGAUCAAGGAAUGGGGCAAACCUACAAGGUGUACAAGUGCCACAGCAGUUGUGUCGGAAGAUCGCGCGAUAGCUCCAACAGGCGCUCCUGACAUGCUACAUUCCGCUCAUGAGGCAUGCUUCUAAUGUGACAGUAGUCUACGCAGGUUUUCUAAGUAAACAAGCAUAUUGGAUCAAGAAUAGAAUCAGCUAAGUUUGGGUUGGGGUUCGGUUUCGGGUUGGGGUCUUCGUACCCCCUGCCUGGUCGUUU